GUUAGAGUGACACGUAUCAACCUUGUCACUCUAACUCAAAAAAUCAUCCUAGAUUACUCCAAGCUCUGAAAUCCCACAACAUCAAGAUGGAGAUCCCUAAAUUGUAAGUGUACGUAAAAAAACAACAUCUGAAAUGGCCACAGCGUUGCCGAUGGGAUGGCCAGUAGGCAUAGAUCUAGGCACCACAUAUUCCUGCGUUGGAGUAUUUCGCAAUGGAACCGUGGAUAUCAUCUCAAAUGAACAAGGGAAUCGAAUCACUCCGAGUUGUGUGGCUUUCACAAAUACUGAGCGACUCAUUGGGGAUCCCGCCAAAGGUCAAAUGACCAUGAACCCCACAAACACCGUAUACGAUGCAAAAAGGUAUGUUUUGCUACAGACUCAUCGGUAGACGUUUUGACGACCCGACAGUCCAGCAAGACAUAAAGCACUGGCCAUUUCAUGUGAUCAACGACAAAGGAAAACCGAAAAUUAAGGUUCAAUAUAAAGGAGAAACGAAAACUUUCUACCCGGAAGAGAUAUCAUCGAUGGUGUUAAGUAAAAUGAAGGAAAUCGCUGAGACGUAUCUUACAUCUCGUGUAUCCAAAGCAGUCAUCACUGUUCCUGCAUAUUUCAAUGAUUCACAAAGACAAGCCACCAAAGAUGCAGGUACAAUAGCUGGACUAGACGUACAACGUAUUAUAAAUGAACCGACAGCAGCUGCGAUAGCUUAUGGUUUGGACAAAAAGAGCGGAGAUGAUAGAUACGUCUUGAUCUUCGACAUGGGUGGAGGUACUUUUGAUGUAUCGAUUUUGCUUAUAGCCGCAGGGAUAUUCGAGGUGAAAGCUACUUCUGGAGAUACUCAUCUAGGUGGAGAAGAUAUAGAUACUAGAAUGACACAACACUUUGUUGAGGAAUUCAAGAGAAAAACAAAAAUUGAUAUCAAAGAAAACAAAAGGGCGUUAAGGAGAUUGCAAACUGCCUGCGAAAGAGCGAAGAGGACAUUGUCAUCGGCUACAGAAGCAUCUAUUGAGAUUGACUCACUAGCAGAGGGAGUUGACCUAUGUACCGGCAUGACCAGAUCUACGUUUGAAGACCUUAACAAUGAUAUAUUCAUGAGAACGAUAGAACCAGUAGACAAAGCUGUGAAAGACGCAAAACUAACCAAGAAUCACAUACAGGACAUUGUACUAGUGGGAGGAUCUACAAGAAUCCCUAAAAUACAACAGCUGCUGUUGAAUUAUUUCAAGGGCAAGGAGUUGAAUAAAUCAAUCAAUCCUGACGAAUCGGUGGCAUACGGAGCGGCUAUCCAAGCCGCCAUAUUAGAUGGUGAUAGCCACGAUGUUGUCAAAGACGUUCUACUACUGGAUGUCACUCCUCUUUCUCUGGGCAUAGAAACAGCCGGAGGUAUUAUGACAAUACUAAUCAAAAGAAACAGCACCAUACCGACGAGGCAUACGCAGAUAUUUUCCACGUUUUCGGAUAACCAGCCGGGAGUGUUGGUACAAGUGUACGAAGGAGAAAGGGUGCUAACCAGGGAUAAUAACCUUCUUGGACGGUUUGAACUGUCGGGAAUCAUGCCUGCUCCAAAGGGUAUUCCACAAAUAGAGGUGUCAUUCGACUUAGAUGCCAAUGGAAUACUGACUGUAAGCGCUUGUGAGACAGCUACAGGAAAAAAGAGCAACAUCACUAUUAACAACGAUAAAGGAAGACUCGCCAAAGAUGAGAUAAAGAAGAUAAUUGCUGAAGCCGAGAAGUUUAAGGAACAAGACCAAGAGGUACGAGCUGCCAUAAGCGCCAAAAAUGACCUCCAAUCCUAUUUAUACUCAGUCAGAAACUUGAUCAAUGACCCCAAUAUCGCUAGCAAAAUUGGCGUUGAGGACAGGACAAAAGUCAACGGAAAAGCUCAAGAAAUAAAAGAUUGGAUUGCAGACCAAGAAGUUUACUCAGAAAGGGAUUACGUGAUGAAAAAACAGUCGCUGGAGAAUAUGUGCAAGCCAAUCAUAAUGAGAUUAUAUAGUUCAGGCACAAUGCCUUCGCAAUAUAGGCAGUUUGGAUCAGUGGGUCCUAACAAUGAUGACAACGAUGAUAAUGGUGGACCAAUCAUUGAUGAGGUUGAUUAACAAGUUUGAUAAAAUCUAUUUUGUAAUACCAAGUGUGUUAAAAAUACAAGAUGAUUCUAUAAACA